CCCGCCCGCGCGCCCGCGCCCCGGAUCAGCCUGCCGCUGGGCUCUGAAAAGCGGCCGUUCCUCAGAUUUGAAGCCGAAAACUUCUCCAACUACACGGCCCUCCUGCUGAGCGGGGACGGCGCCACCCUGUACGUGGGCCUGCGAGAGGCCCUCUUCGCGCUCAGCAGCAGCCUCAGCUUCCAGCCGGGGGGAGGCUACCAGCAGCUGCUGUGGAGCGCCGACGCGGACCGGAAACAGCAGUGCAGCUUCAAGGGCAAGGACCCACAGCGGGACUGUCAGAACUACAUCAAGAUCCUCCUGCCACUCAACAGCAGCCACCUGCUCACCUGUGGCACCGCAGCCUUCAGCCCCCUGUGCACCUACAUCAACCUGGCGAACUUCACUCUGGCUCGGGACAAGGCAGGGAACAUCCUCCUGGAGGACGGCAAGGGCCGUUGUCCCUUUGACCCCAACUUCAAGUCCACGGCCCUGGUGGUUGAGGGCGAGCUGUACACUGGAACAGUCAGCAGCUUCCAGGGGAACGACCCGGCCAUCUCCCGGAGCCAGAGCGUCCGGCCCACCAAGACCGAGAGCUCCCUCAACUGGCUGCAAGACCCAGCCUUCGUGGCCUCAGCCUACAUUCCCGAGAGCCUGGGCAGCCCGCAGGGGGACGACGACAAGAUCUACUUCUUCUUCAGCGAGACGGGCCAGGAGUUUGAGUUCUUCGAGAACACCAUCGUGUCCCGCAUUGCCCGCAUCUGCAAGGGCGACGAGGGCGGCGAGCGGGUCCUGCAGCAGCGCUGGACGUCCUUCCUGAAGGCGCAGCUGCUGUGCUCGCGGCCGGAGGACGGCUUCCCGUUCAAUGUGCUGCAGGACGUGUUCACGCUGAGCCCCAGCCCCCAGGACUGGCGCAACACCCUCUUCUACGGGGUCUUCACCUCCCAGUGGCACAGGGGCACCACCGAGGGCUCUGCCGUGUGCGUCUUCACCAUGGAGGACGUACAGAGGGCCUUCAACGGCCUGUACAAGGAGGUGAACCGCGAGACGCAGCAGUGGUACACCGUGACGAACCCUGUGCCCUCACCCCGGCCCGGCGCGUGCAUCACCAACAGUGCCCGCGAGAGGAAGAUCAGCUCGUCCUUGCAGCUCCCCGACCGGGUGCUCAACUUCCUCAAGGACCACUUCCUGAUGGACGGGCAGGUGCGCAGCCAGAUGCUGCUGCUGCAGCCGCAGGCCCGCUACCAGCGCGUGGCCGUCCACCGCGUCCCCGGCCUGCACCGCACCUAUGACGUCCUCUUCCUGGGCACCAGUGACGGCUGGUUGCACAAGGCGGUGGUGGUGGACUCCCGCGUGCACAUCAUCGAGGAGCUGCAGGUCUUCCCCGCAGGACAGCCGGUGCACAACCUGCUGCUGGACACACACAGGGGGCUGCUGUACGCCGCUUCCCAUUCGGGCGUCGUCCAGGUGCCCGUGGCCAACUGCAGCCUGUACCGGAGCUGCGGGGACUGCCUGCUGGCCCGGGACCCCUACUGUGCGUGGAACGGCUCCAGCUGCAAUCCCACUAGCCUCCACAAGCCCGAGACGGCCUCCAGGCCAUGGGUCCAGGACAUCGAGGGGGCUAACACCAGGGGCCUCUGCAACGUGACCAGGCCCUCGUCUCGUAAGGCAAAGGGUGAGAAGCCUUGCGAAAGAGUCCGCUUCCAGCCCCACACGAUGAACACCUUGGCCUGCCCCCUCCUUUCCAGCCUGGCCAGCCGGUUCUGGCUGCACAACGGGGCCCGGCUCAAUGCCUCGGCCGCCUGCCACGUGCUGCCCACCGGGGACCUGCUGCUGGUGGGCGGCCAGCGGGAGCUGGGGGAGUUCCAGUGCUGGUCGCUGGAGGAGGGCUUCCAGCAGCUGGUGGCCAGCUACUGCCCAGUGGUGGUGGACGAGGCAGCCGACCACGACGACCGGAAAGGCAGCGUGCCCGACUUCAUCAACACGUCGCGGGUGAGCGCCCCGGCCGCCGGCCCCGCCAGCUGGGGAGCGGGCAAGUCCUACUGGACCGAGUUCCUGGUGAUGUGCACACUCUUCGCCUUCGCCGUGGCGCUGCUCGUCUUGUUCCUGCUCUACCGGCACCGGGGCAACAUGAAAGUCUUCCUCAAGCAGGGUGAGUGCGCCAGUGUGCACCCCAAGCCCCGCCCCAUGGCGCUGCCACCUGAGACCCGGCCGCUCAACGGCGUGGGCCCCCCGAGCAUCCCGCUUGACCACCGAGGUUACCAGGCCCUGUCGGAUAGCUCCCCGGGGCCCCGGCUGGUCACCGAGUCCGAGAAGAGGCCGCUCAGCCUGCAGGACAGCUUCGUGGAGGUGUCCCCGAUGUGCCCCCGGCCGCGGGUGCGGCUCGGCUCCGAGAUCCGGGACUCUGUGGUGUGAGAGCAGGCGAGGCGGCCCCCCGGCCUCCGGAGCCUGAGCACGACAGCUCAGCUGAGCCUCUGCCCCGGCGGACGCCCGGUGGCGCCUCGUCCUGGGGUGGCGGAGCCGCUGCCCCACAGCUGGGUAGCGCGGCUCCCGCUGUCCAGACUGGCCGGAGGCCCUGGUGGAGAUGGGCGCCUGCCCAGGCUCAGCAGCGCUCCAUGAAAACCGAGCCCUUCGUUGAAAAUGUGAAGGCAGAGGACGGCGCGAGCAAAGCAGCGGGGCCGGCCGUGGCAGAGCCCUCCCGGUCGCCGCCCGGCCCGGGCCUUGGGGCCCAUCCACAGGCGAGCUUGAGAUACUUGUGAACCCCCAACAGAUGGCCUCUGCCCCGCCUGAGCCUGCGCCAGCUGACCUCACAGGGGCCGGGGCCCACGGAGCCCCAGGGUCCUCCUUGCCACCUGGUGGUGGCCGUCACCCCAUCACCUCAGGGACCAGAGGACUAGGUUGGCAGGCAGCCCUCACCAGGCCCCGGGCUCCGACCUACCUCCUGGGCAUCUCUGACCCGCGUUGGCUGUGGACACCGCGGGGCCACUCUGGGCCCAGGAUGACCGUUGGCCGAGUUCUCGUGGUUCAGGGAAGACACACUCCCGCCCUCCUGCGCUCCAGCCCAGGGCGCCCCGUCUCUCCCCACACCCGCCCUCAUCUUGAGCCCAGUCACCACACCUUGUCUGCUCCCCCAAAAGAUACACUGCCCAGGACUUAGCACUGACUUUAUGUGGGUUUUAUAUUUUUUUUAAUAAAAUGCACUUUACUUUUUUUUUUAAAUAAAAUCUAAAUAAAUGAAUCAUGGCCCUUCCUCAGAGGAGUGUUGCUUUCUGAGGCUGGUCUAGUUCUGAGUUUUAGGGGGUCCAAGCCCCGCUUUCCAAAGGCUGAUGGGCCACCUCUGCCUCCGAGAGCAGCGCCUCCCCCAGGCGGAGCCGGCACAGACUGGUGGACAGCAGCAGCCUCCUCUACUCCGUGCCCGUCAGCCCGGGGUGGACAGGGCCCCCUCUCCUCUGUGCCCGCUCAGCCCGGGGAGGAGCACCAGGGACAGAGCCUUUUAUUUUUUCCAACUUACAAGUUAAAUGUUUUCAAAAUAUAAUAAAAUUGAUUUUUCUCUCCCGGCGUCGGCUGUGUGCG